ACAUCAAUGAAAAAGACUAAUGUUGACAUAUUUAGUUGACGCGCCGCGCGAUCAUAACCUUAAAAUAAGGGAGAAAACAAACAUAUAUAAUUUACAAUUGUAUAUAUAUACAUGUGAAAAUAAUAAAUAAUAAAAAAAUGUCGGAAUGUGAGAAGUUUUGCCCACCGGAAUACUGUGUUGUUGAAGAUUCCGCUUAUUCUUCAAAAAGAGCUGACGACAGUUUAAGUGGGAUGAGCGAUACCAGGGGAAAAAAUGUUUCCGUAUUUUACGAUUCACCAGAAGAAUUGGCCGAACUUAAUUUGGAUCAGAAGGACGUGUUGAUGUUAAAAAAAUUAAAUGCUAUAGGAAUUCUGCUUGAGACUAUAUGUCAUAAUCAACAUUCAGAAACAUUUAAUCUAAUUGAUACAUCACCUUUAACUGAAGAUUUAUUUGGAAGUUUUCACAAGGACGAAGAAUUAAGUAUUUUUCCUGCAAGUGGUGAAAUGGAAGUACAACUAAUUGAACAAAAACUAGCGGACUCUCGAUUUUUUGGAAAAGUGGUAUACGCUUUAAGUAGACUUGGGAAACAUACAAAUCUCAGCUUGACCGUUACAAAUCUAUUAAAUCAGCUAUUAAAAUUUGAAGCAGGAGAGAGAUUUUCAUUCUUGGGAAGAUCUGGAAAGAAACCUGCUUUCAAAACUACGAAUAUAUGCUCCGUCGUGUGUUGUGCUGCACAAAAACUUUAUCCAACAGCAACGAGAUCAACUGUAGAGGAAUUCAUAAAAACAUGGUUAAUUCAAUGUAAAAAUCGACGUCAAAGAAAAAAUGAAAGUGCAAGAAAAGCUGCUGAAAAAGGAAUAAAUCGCAUAUUCAUUAAAUUAGAAGAACGUCAAAUUGAAUAAAUUACAUUAUAUUAUUAUUUCCAAUCUUAUACUAUUUCUCUAUAAAAUUAUAACGUGAUAAAUUAUGAUUUAUCACUUUCUUUAUUGUAAUUUCUUAACAAUUAUUGUAUCGUGUAUUCUUUAAUUAUUUGUAUGGUAUGAACGUAAACAUAUAUA